AAUUCUAACUCAGCUCCGCCCUACUCGACUUUCCUCUACACGGCAAUGGAAAACUUUUCCAAAAAAUCUCAGGUUAAUGAUCGGGGAGUUAAUUACCGUGGCCGGGAAUUCAGCUUUCUGGUGAGAACAGACUCCAAUUCAUCAUCAGAUGUUGAAUUGGAGUUUUUGGAAGAUGGUGUUGAGGUAAUGCCGGUAGGAAUCAGCUCCGACGAGAACGAAACGUUUGACGGAUCAGAAUUAGACGAUGAAGAGAAAGAAAACGGCGCCGGAAGUGCUGAGGAGAACAAGAGCUUUUGGGAGAGUCAACACCAGCUUUUGACGAGUACUCUGAAUCGGAGUUGCUCUCUGGAAUUGAAAAUCCAAAAUUCUGUUAAAGAAACAUUGAAGGAAAUCGAGAGAACCGGAGGAAGUGUAUGUGCUUGUCGGAAGCCGGCGUUCCGAAGUUGCAAAAGCUGCUUCAUGAAAGAAGUAUCUCACCGGCUCCAAAAUACAGGUUUCAACUGUGCCGUUUGCCGGUCGAAAUCGAGAACCUCACCAAAUAUCCCUUCAGGGGAACAUAUAUUUCUUGACUUGAUAGAGAAUUCCACGAAAGGAAAAGUGAGGGUCAUAAUCGAGUUGAACCUCAGAGAGGAGUUCGAAAUGGCGAGAGCAAGCGAGGAGUACAACCGGCUAGUCCAGCAGCUACCGGAGGUGUUCGUCGGUAAGGUGGAGAGAUUAAUGGACGUGAUCGAGAUCUUGUGCUCCGCGGCAAAGAAGUGCAUGAAGGAGAGGAAGAUGCACAUGGGGCCAUGGAGAAAAAAGAGGUAUAUGCAAGCCAAGUGGCUUAGCGCAAGUGAACGGACAACAUCUUUGCAACCUAUACCGGCAGGGUACUCCAGACGGUUGCAGAAGCCGAAGGCGUCGAUGUUGACAGUUGAUUUGUUAGAGAAGAUGGCCAAUAUGCACUGUAAAGCGGUGGCAGUGAUCUGAAUCAACUUUUUUUGGUAGUUUGGUUUUAAUUUCUUUCUGAUUAUAUGAUCUUCAACGAUCAAUAAUGUGAGAGUGGGUAUACACAUAUAUAUAUGGAUAUAGUUUGGGGAUGCAUGGUAAGGAGGUAAAAGUUUACGUUCGUUGAGCUACGAGAAUUUUCGUUUUUAGAAGGCAAGGGCGUCCUGAUCGAGCAAAUUUUCAAGCAAUCUUUGAAGUCGUACAAUCACAUGGAUGUUGUAUGUUAAAUAAUAAUAAUAAUAAUAAUAUAACUGGUGCUACUUU